AUGACUGGAAAUAAUAAUAAUGAAGAAAUAGAUUUAUUUGGUCAACUUUUAAAAUGUCCAAUAUGUUAUGACUUUUUUAAUACUGCAAUGAUGAUACCAAAAUGUUCGCAUAAUUAUUGUUCAUUUUGUAUUAGACAAUCUUUAUCAUUUAAAGAGUUUUGUCCAUCAUGUAGGAUAUCUUGUAAUGCUACCCAAUUAGUUAAUAAUAGACAAUUAGAUUUAAUAGUUCAAAAUUAUAAAUCAUUAAUAAAAGAGAUUUCAAAACAAAAACAAUCUUUACAAAAUCAACAAAAUCAAAUACAAGAUCAAAUACUAUUACAUUUAAAAUUAGAAAAUCAAUUUAAUCAACAACAACAACAACAACAACAACAACAACAACAACAACAACAACAACAACAACAACAACAACAACAACAACAACAGCAGGAGCAAAAACUACAACAGCAGGAGCAAAAACUACAUGAGCAAGAAAUAAUACCAUGUGGUAGCAAUAAUAAUAAUAAUAAUAAUAAUAAUAAUAAUAAUAAUAAUAAUAAUAAUAAUAAUAGUAAUGCCAAGAAUAAGACACCAACUAGAAAGAGGUCAUCAAUAUCAAAUGAACCAAUAUCACCACCACCACCAUCACCUUCAAAUACAAGUAAAACAACCAGUGUAAAUAGUUCUCAAAAUUCAAUAACCACCACAACUACAACUACAACGACAACAAUGACAUCACCAAAUAAGAGAUCAAAAACCACACCUCCUUCGACACCAAUAGCUAUAGUUACAAGAUCUCGGAGUAGGAAUAGUAAUAAUAAUAAUAAUAAUAAUAAUAAUAAUAAUAAUAAUAAUAAUAAUAAUAAUAAUAAUAAUAAUAAUAAUAAUAAUAAUAAUAAUAAUAAUAAUAAUAAUAAUAAUAAUAAUAAUAAUAAUAAUAAUAAUAAUAAUAAUAAUAAUAAUAAUAAUAAUAAUAAUAAUAAUAAUAAUAAUAACAAUACCAACGCCAGUAAUAUUGAAAUACAAAAUACUUUUAAUAUAACAUCUAGUUACAGUGAAAACGAUAUUACACCAACAUCAACACAAUCACCUCCAAAAUCAUCAUCUUUUUCAUCUACUAAAUCACCUUCAAAAGAACAAAAAGUUGUAUCAAAUGCUAAACUAAUAAUAGAUGUUGAUGAAUUUAAUGAUAAUAAUAAUAUUAUUUUAGAUAAAAAAGAUGUUGAAAAAUUAGAAAUUAACAAUAAUAAUAAUAAUAAUAAUAACAAUAACGAUAAUAAUAAUUUAGAUACAAAAGAGGAGGAAUUAAAAGAAAAUAAUAACAAUAAUAAUAACAAUAAUAAUAAUAAUAAUAAUAAAGAGAAUAAAGAAGAGGAAAAAAUUGAAUGUCCAAUUUGUAAUAUUUUUAUAGUAUCAAAGUAUAUAGAAAUUCAUGCAAAUGAAUGUUUAGCAAAAGGUGAAAAAGAGGAGAAAAUAUUUAAAAUGAAUCAUAGUAAUAAUAAUAAUAAUAAUAAUAAUAAUGGUAAUACAACCAAUAAAUCAUAUUUACCAAAAAUGGCAUAUUCAUUAAUGAAUUCAAAACAAUUAAAAGAUUCAUUAACAAAACUUGGUUUAAAAACAAAUGGUGAUAGAACAGCUUUAAUUAAAAGACAUAAAGAGUAUAUAACUAGAUAUAAUUCAGAGGUUGAUAGUUUAUCUCCAAAACCAAUAUUCGAUAUAACUUCUGAACUUUAUCAACUCGAAAAAGAGAGAGAAAAAGAAAAACAAAAAGAAAAAUCUUCGCAAUAUGUUGGUAUAACUGAUUCAAUUGAUAGAGAAAAACAUUUUGAAAUUUUAAAAAAUGAAAUUUUAAAUAGGAAUAAUAAUAAUAAUAAAAAAAAUAAUAAUAAUAAUAAUAAAUCAUUUCAACCCACUACCACAACUUCUUCCACUACUACCACAAUCACAAAUUCACACUCAACCACCACUACUAGUAAUGAUAAUAUUGAAAAUAAAUCACCAGAGGAAGAUGAAGAUUUUUAUUCAUUGUAA